GCUUCUUCCAAGAGACACCUCUGAACGUAAGUAUCAAACGUGCCUUUCCCGAUGCUGCUAUGACAGAUGUUGGCUUGGAGGGUGUUUGAAAAGGAGGGGAGCAGAGCAGACUACUUCCAGAGGAACACAAUGUCUCGUCUCUACCUGUGUUUGCUUCUUGCUGGGCUCUGUGCUUUUGCCCAAUGUCACCAUACCCCUGACCACAAAGAGAACCAUGGCCAUGGCCAUUCUCCUCCUGCUGAAGGUGAAAGAGGUCUGCCCUCUUUGAAGAUAGCCCCAGGAAAUGCUGACUUCGCCUUUCGAUUCUACCAGCAGGUUGCUUCAGGGUCCGCUGAGAAGAACAUUUUCUUUUCCCCUCUGAGCAUUUCCACUGCCUUGGCCAUGAUGUUACUGGGAGCUAGAACAACCACGUUGAGUCAGCUUUUGUCAGGACUUGGCUUCUCAGAUAUUACCGAACAGGAAAUACAUGAGGGUUUCCAUGAUCUCUUACGUAUACUGAACCGCCCCAAUCCUGAACUCCACCUGAGCACUGGGAACGCCCUAUUCACAGAUGACCAAGUGAAACUCCUGCAGAAGUUCCUGGAUGAUGCCAAACAUUUUAUGAUACGGAUGUUCUUCCAACUAACUUGAAGAAUCCUGCAGUAGCUGAAAGUCAAAUCAAUAGCUAUAUAGAAAAAAAAAACCAACGGGGAAAUAAUUGAUGCUGUCAAGGGUCUUAACCCA